AUGGAAGGCGCACACGUCGGCUGGGCCCGCAGUCUCGAGGCGGUCCUCUCGGAUCGGGCGGCUCUCGACGCGUUCCAAGAGUGGCUCAUGGAAUACUCAUCGCCCCAAGUACGUACCCUUUUUUUUUUUGAUAGAAGAAGAACACCACAUUUUGCAGUACCUCGACUUGUACUUUGCGAUUCGCGCCUACGAACGAAUGGUGUUGGAGGCAAAACCGGAGGUAACUAACUAGUUUCGGGCAGGUUGCAAGCGCGCUCCACUGCAAUGGCACUACGGUAAGCAAUUCGGUUCACUGAGCGGUGUUUGCACACAAAGCAUUUUAAAUAAAGAAAAAAUCGAAGAAAUUAUUUUAAAAUGAGAAGAAGACAUGCUUGAAAGUAGAAAAAAGGUGAAAAGAAAGUAAGUGAAUUAAAUUUCGAUGAAAUGAAAGCUGACAAAUUUCGAAAAUUAGCAGAAGUGGAGAGAAAAAUAAAAGAAAACGACAGAAUUAACGAGAACGAGAUGCAUGAGAACGAAACGAAAGAAAAAAAAUGUAUGGGAACAACGUUAUGAAUCGAAUUCAUCGAAUUGAGCAUUUUUCUGUGAAAAUAUUUGAUCAUGAAGUGAAAAAACAUAGAAAAAAAAGAAAACCCUUUCGAAAACACGUUUUUUCUUUAUUUAAAAUGCUUUGUGUGCAAACACCGCUCAGUGAACCGAAUUGCUUACCGUAGUACCAUUGGCCCCGGCCAUUUGCCCAGCCCUGGAUUCAGAAGUGCAAAAAGUGAUGUGUGUGCGUUUGCAGAAAAGUCAACUGGCCAAAUCGAUCUACUCGAAGUUUCUAUCGUCGCGAAGCGGCAACUGUGAAGCGAUUCCGUCGAAAUAUCGAGCGCCCGUAAGUGUGAUUUGUUCUGCCGCGUCCAAAGUCUCGGAAACGCCGCAAAUCUCGCGGAUUUUGCGGUCCAAAAUCGGCAGAAAUUUGCGGAAAAUCCGGGGUGCGCACAGCUGAACGAGUGUUACCGUACACCAUAAAACUACGGUAUUUUUUGAAAAUUUACCCAAAAAAUUUGAAAAAUUGCAAAUAUUGUCGAGAAAUUUAAUUUUUUUCAAAAAAUACCGUUGAAAAUUUACACAAGAGAUUUGAAAAAUUGCAAAUAUUCUCGAGAAAUUUAAAUUUUUUCAACAAACACCGUUGAAAAUUUACCCAAGAAAUUUGAAAAAUUUCAAAUAUUCUCGAGAAAUUUAAAUUUUUUUCAAAAAAUACCGUUCAAAAUUUACCCAAAAAAUUUGAAAAAUUACAAAUUUUUCGAGAAAUUUAAAUUUUUUUCAAAAAAAUACCGUUGAAAAAUGAAAAUUUACCCAAGAAAUUUGCAAAAUUGCAAAUAUUCUCGAGAAAUUUAAAUUUUUUUCAAAAAAAUACCGUAGUUUUAUGGUGUACGGUAACACUCGUUCAGCUGUGUGCGCACCCCGGAUUUCUCGCAAUUUUCUGCCGACUUUUGACUGCAAAAUGCGCGAGAUUUGCGGGUUUUCCGAGACUUUGGACGCGGCAUUCGAAAUCCUCGAUAAAAGCGACAAUAUUGGGCCGCAGAUUGGCGAAAAAUUGCGACGAGCCGGAGACGUCGACAAUCGAGCAUUCGGACACUGUUCCUCGUUCGUCGUCGACUUUUUGCGGAGGCAACACGAAGCGUUUUUGGGAUCCGACGAGUUUAUCGACGCGUUCAACAAGGUGAGCAUUUGACAGCGACGACCCCCUGAAUGACAUGCGUUUUACGUUGGAAAUACUGUAUUGCAGGGCUCGGCAAUUGGCCUGGACUUUUGGCGCACUUGCAAUGAUCCGAUCGGACCCAAACUUUGCAGGAUUGGCGGACUUGGAUUGAGGGCCAUUGGGACCAAGUUUCAGCCUGAUCGGAUCGUCGGGUCCCGAGAUAUGUCGAUUAUUGACCGAUUUUUUUUUGUAAUCCUCAUAUCUCGGGACCAGAGGAUCCGAUCGGGCUGAAACUUGGUCCCAAUGACCCUCAAUACAUGUCCAAACAGCCUGCAAAGUUUGGGCCCGAUCGGAUCAGUGCAAGUGGUUCAAAAGUCCAGGUCAAGGGCCGGCCUGCUGUAUCGUCAAAGUUGUCAUACUUCUGACUAUUGUUGAGCGGAAUUCCGUCUUCCGUCUUCCGUCUUCCGGGAGAAAAAUUUCUUCCGUCUUCCGUUUUCCGUGUUCCGUAAAAAAUUUUUCUUCCGUCUUCCGUUUUCCGUGUUCCGUAAAAAAUUUUUUCCCGUCUGCCGUCUUCCGUCUUCCGGGAUUUUUUCUUCUUAAUUUUUUCUUCUUUCUUCUUCUUCUUGGAUUUUUUUGUUCCGUCUUCCGUCUUCCGGGAGAAAAAUUUCUUCCGUCUGCCGUCUUCCGUGCGAAAAAUUUUCUUCCGUCUUCCGUUUUCCGUCUUCCGGAUUUCAAAAUUGUAUUUCCGCUCAACUCUGCAAAGCUUUCGGGUCGGGUUUCCAUUCGUUUUCCAUCCGUUCUAUUAAGAUCCCUGACCAACCAUCGGCGCUCCGCCCCCUUCUUCUUGCCCACCGUAAUCCUCGGUUGCAGAUGACGCAUGCCGAGCAGAACGCCGCUCAUCACAACACGAUGGAACGUCGCAAAUCGUCAUCGUCGGCGACGAACACACAUCGGCGGAGUGCGGCGCAGACGGCCACACAACUGACCGCCGAAGCGCUGCUCAAAUCGAAACACGACAGACACACGAAACUCGGCGAGACGUAAGUGUUCACAUUUUUAUGCGCAAAAAUUACGCGAUUUCGGUUCAGAAAACUCGAGAAAAUGUAUCCGCCGACACGUCAGCCGUACGUCUGCAAUGCCACCACUUCGCACAACGACUCGGCCGUCAGUUCGUCGUUUUCCGCCGGGGACGCGCCGAGUUGUUCGCACCGCGCUCAUAAUACCCGGUUGGUUAGUCGUGCACCAUUCUGAGCACGUUUUUUCGGUGGCAAAAUUGAGGAAAACGUUCGGAAUUCUCUCGUAGCUUUCAAAUUUUACAAAUAUGCCAGGCUACCAGGGCGCCAAGGCGGCCAAAAGUGUAGAAAGGGGCGUGGCCUAAUCUGAGACGCGUUUUCUGAAAAUUGCCGCCAUUUUUGUGUUUGAUAUCGACGAAAGAAGACAUUAAAAAGAGAGAAAAGAUUGAAAUUUUUGUGAAAACGCCGCGUUUGAGACGUUUUUGGCAUAUUUCGCAAUACGCCCUCCGCGGCCAAUCGCCGCCGCAAUUUCGGAAUUUUCAUACCGGCCCAUUUGGAUAGUUUUGAGACGAAAUGAGUGUCGGAAGUGAUUAAGCACGUUAAUACACGUAUUUUAAGCGUUCAAACGGCAAAAAGUAUCGGCGAAUGACUGAAAUUCGCGCAUUUUCAGCAAAAAACUUGAAAGUCGAUAAAAAUUGAUUUAUUCUCCCAAUGAAACCUGCUCGUUUUAAGCUCAAAAAGUGCGCGGCGAUUAGUUUAACAAAGUUAUGCAAUUAAAUCGUCAAAAUCGUACUAGAUUUGGGUAAUUUUUGACGAAAAACAUGAAAAAUAGGGGGGUUAAAUUUCGAAUUUCGCGCCAAAAUGGCUAGGUCACGCCCCUUUCUACACGGGGGGUAGAAUCAAACUAAAAGUUGGCUUUAACAGUUCAGGCGAACACUGCAAAAAUUCCAGACACUUUUCAAUGUAUGUUGUUGAUAGAUAACGCAGUGAACUUUGCAGACUGCGUCACGUGCGCGAGGAGCAAGCGCGCGAGAACACUGGCACGUUCACAGUGCCACGUGUCGAGAAAGAGCAUCGCUCGACGGAAGGCCAACAAUUCGAGCAUUCUUCUGAGCACGGAAGAAAAAUAUUCGCCAUCGAGAUCACCAAAAAAUUGCUCCGCCACAUGGACAAGGUGAAACUGGCGGACGAGAUGGAGAAGCACAUUAACGAUAUUCAAGAGUGCCGGUAUACGGUACGUUCGCCUUGAAGACGACGACGACGACAAUAUCAGGAAGUGCCCUACUGUUUUCAGACGAUCGACAUGGUCAACGGGACCGAGGACAACUACAGUAAGAUUGACGAGGACGAGGAGUUGGACGACUAUUUGAAGAUGAAAAAUGACGAACGACAACGAUUCGCAGAAGGGCUCGGCGGCGCGCUCCCCGAAAGCGAAUGCCGAGAAGAAGGGGAACACGUCGGGAAGCUCGAAAAAAACAGUGAGUAAAAAGUUACUGUAAAAGAGGGAAAAUCCGAGGUUCCCAUGCGUAUCAGGAUUACCGAACCUUGUGAGUGAGACACAUCUGUUCCGUCCAAGGAUCCCAUGAACGGAUUAGGCUCCUUGCCUUACUGACUAACCGGCCGGUUCGGCCGACAAAUUGAUGGAUCGUCUUGGGAAAAAGGAGAAAAAAAAGAAAACUAGCGCGUCGGUUUCGAACCUGCGACCUCGGGAUUGAACGGCAAAACGGUAAACGACUGAGCUACAUAGCCGCAGCUUCUAUUGAAACAAAUUGCGUAGAUGAACGCGCGGAAAGCGGGACGAGAAGGGUUUCGGUGACGUGACAAAUUUGACGUUUUUGAAAGAGAAUACAAAAAUUACGGGCCGGCCCGGCCGAAAAUUUGCUGGCCCGGUCGGCCCGGCUCAAAAGGCGCGAAUUCAAAUUUUUGGGGGAAAUCUAUUUUUUCGUUUUUUUUUUGCGGGGAUCAAAAUUAAAACUUUUGCUUUGAUGCCAAUAAAAACUAUUUUUGAGAACUACAUUUCUUUUUUAUGCUCGAUACUUGCAAAAUUCGUUAGUUCUACGAAAAACAAACAUUUUAUUUAAUCAAUAGUUCAAAAUUUGGAUUCCCGCUUUUUGAACCGGGCCGACCGGGCCGGGCCGGACCGUGGCAACUCUGAUAAAAACAAACUUGUUCCUCAGAAACGAUCGGAAAACUUAGUUUUUAGUUCACUUUGCAACCAGACGUUUCGCAACCGAUAAAUCAAGUUGAUAACAAAGCAUUUUAACGAAAAUACGAAAAAAAAACGAUUGCAAGUGAAAAAAUGCGCUAAAAAUAUUGAUUUUUGAAUUUUGCAGCCACGCUGUCGCCGAGAGAAUCGCCCCGAGAAGUGCUGCUCCACAACACGAUUCGCGCGCGCAAACCCUCGAACUUCCACUCGAUCAAAGAGUUUUCGGUGGACUUGCUGCCGCCGAAAUCACAGCCACGUCACCACCAGAUCGACCGGAUGUCCCACUCGAUGAUCGGCCCGUCCGGCUCCUCCUACUCGGCCGGCUCGUCCACUUUCAGCCGCGCCGACUCGUUCGCGCCGUCGCCGAUGAAAUCGUGGAGUCACUACGGAGUGGCGGGCAGCAGCAGCAAGAGCAGUCAGAUGUACGAUUCGUCCGGAAUCGGAUCGAUGGCGCCGUCCGCGUUCUCGGCCGCGUCGUCGAUGGAUUCGCGCGAGCAGCAACGCAGACAUCACCAUCGGAAGCCGGGCGUCAUGAGCCAGUCGACGACGACGCCGCGGAAGCAUCGCAGUGCGAAGGCGUCGUCGAAUCUGAUCACCAUUUCUUAUAUCGGUAAGAAUGCGCUUUUUUUGUGCGGCUCUCGAUACGCUUCAUUCAGUUGCAAAUCGAUUUUUUGUAAUUUUUUCCAAUACCAUGUUAAUUUUAGGAUGCGACAAAGUGCCGGUAGUAGCACACGUGCCCAACGACGGUCCGAUGACUUUGGAAGAGUUCAAACGACAUUUCGCAUUGCCCGCGGGACCGCAACAGUGAGUUUUCGCAACCAGGUUGCCAAAUGUCCAGACUAAACAACAUUUUUUGCAGAUUAUUUUUCAAAACAGAGUGCGAGGACGGCUCUGCGCCAUUUCAACUUUUGCUCAUCAAAGAUGAACAUCAUCUUUUGCCAGUUUUUGAGGUGAAACAGUUUGCUCGAAGGUUUCUGAAAAAAUCGAUAAUUUCAGGGUCGAAUAGCUGCUGAACUUCGAUAA